AUGGAUGACGACGGAGCUGCAGGUGCUUCUACCGCUUCAGCCCCAAUCCGACGUAAGGUCCACGUCAAGUCGAGAUUGGGCUGCUUCGAAUGCAAAAGACGCCGAGUCAAGUGCAACGAGGGCAAGCCUUCAUGUGGCAAUUGCGUCCGUCGGCUCACAACUUGCGUCUACCCCAGCAGGGAUCGGCAGUCCUACACCUUCUCAGCCACAGAAUCUCAGUCGCCCUCCUUGUCAGAUGACGGGCAUCACUCUGAACAUGCCCAAUCGCCUUCUUAUUCCUCGCCCUUUCUGACCUCUCCCGAAGCUUAUGCUCUUUGUCCUACACACUUUUGCCUCGAAGACUUGGCACUUCUCCACCAUUGGACCACAACUACCAGUCGGACUAUUUACCAAACACCUAAAUACGAUCAUCUCUGGGGUUUAGUAUGUCCCCAAAUUGGCCUGCAGCAUAUAUUUCUGCUUCAAGCCAUCUUCAGCAUUACAAGCCUCCAUCUAGCCGAAACAAAUCCAGCGCACGAGAGGCACCAUGUUGUCACUGCUAUCCGCCAUCAUGGGAAAGCUCUCCAGGGCUUCAGUGAAACUCUCUACUCCGCCAAUGCCAGCAACGGCGAGGCACUCGUCUUGUUCACGACUCUGAAUAUUUUCUACACCUUCGCCAUAAACAAGAAACCCGAACCAGACGCUAACGACGUAUCGCGCCGCAGGGCCAUUCUUCUCGGUGCUGAAUGGAUCCCCAUGGUUCGCGGCGUCGGGACUGUCCUUGGCACAGUCUUCGACCAUAUACGGUUUGGGCGCUUGGAAAAGCUAUUCAGUAUCAACAACUGGGAUAGCCUGGACCUCGAUGGCAUGGCGGCCUCUGAAUACUUUGAUGGAAUCGAGGUGGUGUGGGCUCAAAGCCAGCGCGAAGACAUUGCCAUGUACGAGCUCGUGCUGCGGCUUUUAAAGCAAUGCAGAAUGUUCAUGGUGCAAUUCCAAGGCGCACGAGUUGAUGAUAUAGAUGAUUCAAGCUACAACCGACAGUGGGCCGGUCCCUUGGUAUUCAUUCAUUGCGUGCCUGAGCAGUACUUUGAAAGGUUGCAACAACGGCAGCCUCCAGCCCUUGUGUUAUUCACAUUCUUCGGCGCCAUGUUGAAUUCGCUGGACCACAUUUGGUGUUUUAGUGGCUGGGGGAGGAAUAUUAUAAGUGCUGCUGAGGAGGUUCUGGGAGAUUAUUGGAAACAAUGGACUGAACGGAGCCGCCGUAUGAUGGAGGCAGGUAGCUAG